UCAGAGAACAGGACAGCCACAGUAUUAAACAUAGAGGAUAGGCAGUGGUAGCACACGCCUUUAAUCCUAGCAUUCCAGAGGUAGAAAUUCCUCUGGAUGUCAAGGAAUUCAAGGCCACAUUGGAAACGGCCAGGCAUGGUGACUCACGCCUUUAAUCCCAGGUGGUAGCAGAAAGGUAUAUAAGGUUUGAGGACCAGGAACUAGAAGCUUUUGGCUGGUUAAGCUUUCAGGCUUUCCAGCAGCAGUUCAGCUGAGAUUCAUUCUGGAUGAGGACUCAGAGGAUUCCAGUCUGAGGAAACAGGAUCAGCUGAGGAACUGGCAAGGUAAGGAAGCUGUGGCCUGUUCUGUCUCUCUGAUCGUCCAGCAUUGACCCCAGUACCUGGCUCAGGUUUGACUUUAUUAAUAAGACUCUUUAAGAUUGCUGCUACAGUAUUGCUUCCUUAGUUUAAAGUAAAACAGAGUCAACGAGAUUUUUAAAUGCUGUAGUAAGAUUCAAAUUACAAAAUAUGGGCCAGAAAUUUUACUGGGCUAAUCUUCCCAUCAAAGGCUCGACUCACACUCAUACUUCUCAUGUUGUGGAUCUGGAGGUGAACACCAGGCUCAUGCCCCAGGAAUGUCUUGCUGACUGGGCUUCUUCCUCCAAUACUCUCCUGCAGGCAGCCAGAAUCGAAUCCACAAUAGGAGAAAACUCCAUGCCUGGGUUCCAAGACUUCUUGCGCAUAGACUUCUGGGAAAUGUAGUCUGCGGCACUGUGACGUCAGGGUGAGCCAUCCAGGAAAUUCCCUCCUGGACUUCAGCCCUCACGUGAGCAGUUUACCCAAAGUUGGACGAGAGUCCUGCCUGCUGUACGUUCUUGUUUCGUCUCUGACAUGGAGGAAAUGCUGUCCUUCUGGGAUGUGGCCAUUGAGUUCUCUGCAGAAGAGAGGGACUGCCUGGAGCCUGCUCAGUGGAAUUUGUACAGGGAUGUGAUGUUGGAGAAUUACAGCAACCUUGUGUUCCUUGGUCUUGCUGUGUCUAAGCCACACCUGGUCACAUUUUUGGAGCAAAGACAAGACUCUUCAGAUGUGAAGAGACAAGCAGCAGCCAACAUGUAUCCAGGAACAACAUUCAUUGAUUAUAACGAUUACAACAAGGGUAUUGACUGCAACUCAUUAAGUAUUCAAUGCCAGAGAAUUCAUACAAGGGAGAAACCCUACCAGUGUAAAGAAUGUGGUAAGGGCCUUAGUUCUUAUAAAACACUUUCCAUACACCAGAGACUUCAUACUGGAGAAAAGUCUUACACAUGUAAAGAAUGUCAUAAGGCCUUCAAUACUCGCUCAUCACUUUUUAUACACCAGAAAAAUCAUACUGAUGAAAAAACCCACAAGUGUGAAGAAUGUGGCAAAUUAUUUUACUAUCCUUCAAUGCUGAAGCAACAUCAAAGAAUUCAUUCUGGAGAGAAACCCCACAAGUGUGAAAAAUGUGGCAAAGCUUUUUAUGAUCCUUCAUUCCUGAAGCAACAUCAAAGAAUUCAUUCUGGAGAGAAACCAUAUAAGUGUCAAAAUUGUGGCAAAACUUUUUAUAAUUUUUCAUUCCUGAAGCAGCAUCAAAGAAUUCAUUCUGGAGAGAAACCCUACAAGUGUAAAGUAUGUGACAAAUCUUUUAACACUCCUUCAGUGCUAAAGCAACAUCAAAAAAUUCAUUCUGGAAAGAAACCCUACAAGUGUGAAGAAUGUGGCAAAUCCUUUUAUAAACCUUCAGUGCUGAAGCAACAUCAAAGAAUUCAUUCUGGAGAGAAACCAUGCAAGUGUGAAGAGUGUGGCAAAUCCUUUUACACUCCUUCAGUGCUGAAGCAACAUCAAAGAAUUCAUUCUAGAGAGAAACCAUGCAAGUGUGAAGAGUGUGGCUGUUUUUUUUCUUCAUUUUCAUACCUUACUCAGCAUCAAACAGUUCCCUGCAAAGACAAUCCCUACAAGUGUGAGGAGUGUGGCAAAAGGUUUUCCCAUUCUGCAAUCCUUCAGAAACAUAGUAAAAUUCAUAGAGACAGACCAUACAAGUGUGAAGAAUGUCACAAAACCUUUCUUUAUCACUCAUCACUUAAGAACCACAAGGUGGUUCAUACUAGACAGAAACUGUACAAGUGUGAAGAGUGUGGCAAAUAUUUUUCCUCAGCUUCAUGCCUUAGACGACAUCAAAUAAUUCACUUUGAAGACAACCCUUACAAGUGUGAAGAGUGUGGCAGAUGUUUUUCCUCAGAUUCAUGCCUUAGAGGACAUCAAAUAGUCCAUUCUGAAGACAAUCCUUAUACCUGUGCACAAUGUGGCAAACGAUAUUCCUGUUCUAGGGAUCUUCAGGAACAUCAAACACUUCAUACUGGAGAGAAAUUGUACAAGUGUGAAGAAUGUCACAAAGCCUUUUUUUAUCUCUCAUCCCUUAGGAGACACAAGACAGUUCAUACUGGAGAGAAACCAUACAAGUGUGAAGAAUGUCACAAAGCCUUUCAUUAUAUCUCAUCCCUUAUGAGACACAAGACAGUUCAUACUGAAGAGAAUCCCUAAAACUGGGAAUAUAUGACAGAAGGUUCUCUUCACCUUCAUCCUUUAAACAAUAUAAAAAAGAAAAGGAAAUUCAUUCUGAAGACAGUCCCUGAAAUUGUGGGGAAUGUGACAAAAACUUUGUUAAUCUUUAUGUGCUUACUCAACAGAUGCUAUAGUUCACAUGGGAGAAAUAUCCUACAAAUGUCUUAAAAUGUUUACUUUUUCAACCCUUAAAAUACAUCAAAUGAUUCAUUCUGACUACAAACUCCAUGAGUGUGUGAAGUGUGAUAAAAUAUUUGCUAACUAUUCAGAUCUUACCCACCUCUAAUGAAUCCAUAGUGGAGAAUAUUAGGUUAAUUAUUUUGGAACGUCAACAGGAACCUCUAACUUCCAAUAGCAAAAAUGCUAAGAAUGCCAUCAGAGAGCUGUAGAGAUUUCUCUUUGCUAUAACCCACAACAAUUUGUUCAAGCAGUGUAUUUGAAACUUGCCUUGAUUAAUGAGUCUCUUUCUUCUGUAACUAUAAAUAUUCCAUGAAACCUUUACAUGUCCUAACUUUGGCCACAGGGUUCCUGGAGUCUGAGAUCUGGGCUGUGGCAUAGUUACUGAUGUUUUUCCCAGUGGAGUCAUCCAAGCUCCUGUAAUAUCUCCCCUUGUGUGUAAGAAUCUCCGUCUCUCUGAGCUAGCAGGUUUUCACCCAGCAUCUGGCUCCAGAAUCCUUAUUGGUAAAAUAAAAGGACAAUGACUUAGUGAAAACUACAGGAAGGCUCUUCUAGUCUAAGGCCUCAGCGUCAAGGCAGUAGCUGCAGCUGAAGAGGUUAAGUCAUUAGCUGUGGUAUCGAUAGUAUGAGGUGCAGUUGCUGUACCCCAGAUAAAAACAACAGUGCCCAUAGAGCAAUAAUGGCAGGAAAGUCAUGAGAAGAACCAAUCAUUUUCUGAUUGGAUUAAUGCUUAUUCCACAAAUUGUAACUGAUGUGAUAUUAAUUUGGUAAUAUACUUUUGCUUGGCUUGGUGAUAAGCCCUAGGGAGAAUUGAAUGCUGUUAUUCUAAUAAGUGGAUAAUAACUAAAUGAGCCCAAGUUCUCAUCUUUAUCCCACAGAGUCAGGAACCCAAGUCCUCAUCAUAUAACACAGUGUCAGGAACCCAAUUCUCAUCUUCAUGCCACAGAGUUAGGAACCCAAGUUCUUAUCUUUAUCCCAUAGAGUCAGGCACCUCUCAACACCCACCAGAAAAUAUUAGUUGUGUUGUAGAUAGAGAAUAAUACACAGAUGCACAUUGGUUGAAGUAUAGAGAAUAUUAGCCUGUGGAGGGCCCUGAUCUAAAAGUGAUACCUCUGUCACACAUUGUGAAAAGAGGUUUCUUACACAUAUCUAAAGCCAAAAGUCAGGGAAUCCUGAGGGAAUAGAGGUAGAAAGAAUGUCAGAGGAAGAAAUAGAUGUCUGCAGUGAAACAGUAGAAAUGUUGACUCAUUUUUAGAACAGUGAAACGUUGCUAGAAAUGUCAGUACCAUUCAUGCUUGAAUGUGGUUGAUAUAUUGUGCAACCCAAUAAGCUUAUCUGGGGGUCAAAGAACAGAACAGCCACCGGCUUAGACAUAGAAGCCAGAAAAUGUUGGUACACAUGCCCUUAAUCCUAUCACUUGGGAGGCAGAGAUCCAUGAGGAUCUUUGUGAGUUCAAGGUCACACUGGAAAUAGCCAGACAUGGUGACGCACACCUUUAAUCCCAGACAGUGAUAGCUGGAAGCAGAAAGGUAUGCAAGACAUGAGGACCAGGAACUAGACGCUUUUAAGCUUUUAGGCUUUUGAGCAGGAGUUCAGCUGAGAUCCAUUUGGGUGAAGACUCAGAACCCUGCCAUCUGAGGAGACAAGAUCAUCUGAGGAGUUGGCAUGGUGAAGUUGGCUGUGGCUUGUUCCGUCUCUCUGAUCUUUCAGAAUUUACCCCACUAUCUGGCUCCAUAUUUUUUUAUUAAUAAGACUGUUUUUCAAUUAGUCUACACUUGAACAUACUGUGCUUAUUGCUACCUGUAUAACACUUACACAGGCUAUCCCCCAGCAUACAAUAAGCAUGGUUGCAUAAGGGACUCACAAUGUCUCACCCUGUGGAGGAGCUAUUUGGCAAUUGAUGGCUCCUGAGGGAGACAGUCAUUCUUAGAGUAUUCCAGGUUCCAGUCAACCGUCCUACACCCCUACACAUGGAGGGAGCACUAAGUGGAAUGAAGAAAUAACACAGAAAAACCCCACCAAAUUGGGAGAGUAAAGUGUUUUUAAGGGUAAGAAACAACAGGUGAAAGAAUGUGGGAUUAAAUAAAACAUUUAACAUACAUGUAUUAAAUUCUCCCCAAGUAAAUUAAUCCUUUUUGGUUUUAGACAUAUUUAUACUGAAAUGUUUUAACCAUGAUUACAGCACAUGCAUCUGGCCAUCAUACUGUUUCCAGAGGGUCAGCAUCCUACUGGGAAGGCGUCAUGAGGGAUCAAGUGAGUGGACUCCUGUAAUAUCAUAGCCUUCUGACAGUCAGGUGGGGAGCUGGAUAGAGGUGUGAGGAUUGUAGAGACAAUGAAGAAGACAGAAAAGAGUCGAGAGGUCUGCUGGUCAAUGCUGCACAGCCCCCAGUUUACUUCACAGCCAGCUGAUAUACAGUCUUGAAGGACAGAGGUAGAACAAUGCACAGCACAGGCACUCAGUCAUUGCAUCCAGGAACAGGCAGUUUCAUUUUCUAUCUCAAUGUACCACUGAAGGCAUCAGCAGCCUGCAUCUAGCUAGAUAGUAUAUUCCCUCAUAUGGGCUUAUCAGGACUUUCUCACAGCCCUUCAAGGAGACUCUGUGGGCUAAUCAGAACUUUCUCACAGCCUUGGAGCAGACAAUCUUGAACUCUGUUGACUCAGAAUAGACUUCAGAUUCAAACUGGGAAACUGAGCCAGUUGUGGGCUCCCACAAUUCCUCCUUUUUUAUUUAUUUUAAGACUCUUUUGAGUCUCUAAUGAUCAUGCCUGUCUUAGGUGUUUUCUUAUCACAUUCCAAUCUUACCCAUCAUGGCAGCAUGAAUUUCAUCAUUCACAGCCUGUCUUAGGUUGAAAGGAGGCAAAGAAAACUUACCUGUCCUUGGCUACCAGCUUCUGGUGUUGAGUCAGAGGAAUGUGCAGAGUUUUACUCUGGAGUUAUGAGCCCAACCUCCGUAAUGAGUUCAAAAUCAACUUGAGAAUUAUAGGCAAACAAAUUAUGUCUACUAAGAUACAUGCUCCAAUAGCUAUAACACUACUUAAGAGCGAAAUAAAUGAUGACGAUGAUGCGAUAUCCAUUUUAAAUUGUUCUAGAAUAUCUUUAGCUGUCUUAACUGCAUCAAAAUCCAAUUUAGCCUUUCUCAUUUCUAUAAUCUCUUGAUGUAAUUUAGCCAAAUCUAAGGAUUCAUUAGAAUCAUGCCAAAUUCCUUUAAGAUGUGCCUUAACCUUUUCCCAUCCAAUUGCACUUUCAUUGUACACAGAAGAUGUAACAUAAAUCCAUUCAUAAUUAGCAUGACAUUUCAAAUGCACUCUAGCUUUCAGACUUUGGAGUUUAUCUCCCAAACAUUGUACCAUAUCAUAUAAAGCAUUCAAUUUAUGUUCCAUUUUUACAUCAAUAUAUUUUUGUGUCUCUAAUGUCAUAGAGACAUUCCUAGACAAUUGAUUCACAAACUGUGCUGUCUGAAUGGAUUGAGACAAAGCCACUGAAGCCACUGUAGUAGUAGAAAGCAUAGUGACAAGAGCUGUAAUUCCUGCUAUAACUAAUCCAGCAACAUGUUUCUGCCUGCUUAAAGCUUUCUUAAUUUCUUCAAUUACUUAUAGCCCUUUAUCAUCAAACCAUGGAUCAUUCACAUAUACUGGCAAUAUAACAAAUAAAGGUUGUUUUAACACUA